AAAACUUAGUAUAAUUACAAGUAAAUAAUAUUAGUGUGGGAGGAGAUAGGGAGGAUAUACCAAAUAUCUAUAGCUAAAUUUUCAUUUGUGAUUUGUCAUAAAAAAACUUUUACUCUGGUGUCUACAGUUCAAAAUCAUGAAUUCAUGGGAAUUGGUGUCUCUAGUGCUCCAGGUUUCUUUGUAAAAUGGGGUAUUAAAACUGAUUCCACUAGGUGCCUGUGAGUAACCAAUCAAUUCACUUCCUUGCUGCUGUUUGGCAUUCUCACAGUGACCAUCUUUCCACCGUAGAAAAGGACACAAAUGGAGAAGUUCUGUGGGUGUGGUGUUACCCUUCCACGACAGCCGCAUUAAGGAAUCUGCUGCUCAGAAAAUGCUGUCUCACAGACGAAAACAAACUUCUCCAUCCCUUUGUCUUUGGGCAGUACAGAAGAACAUGGUUUUAUAUCACAACAAUUGAAGUUCCAGAUUCUUCAGUUUUGAAAAAGGUGACUCAUUUUUCUAUUGUUCUGACCGCCAAAGAUUUUAAUCCAGAGAAAUAUGCUGCCUUCGCUAGGAUAUUGUGUAGAAUGUACCUGAAACAUGGGAGUCCAGUUAAAAUGAUGGAGAGUUAUAUUGCAGUUCUUACCAAGGGGAUCUGCCAGAGUGAAGAAAAUGGCUCUUUCCUUAGCAAGGACUUUGAUGCUCGAAAGGCAUACCUUGCAGGCUCCAUCAAAGACAUUGUAUCUCAAUUUGGAAUGGAAACUGUUAUCUUACACACGGCAUUGAUGCUAAAAAAACGAAUUGUUGUCUAUCACCCUAAAAUAGAAGCUGUUCAGGAGUUUACCAGGACUCUGCCUGCCCUGGUGUGGCAUCGACAGGAUUGGACCAUCCUGCAUUCUUAUGUGCACCUCAACACUGAUGAGCUAGAAGCCCUGCAGAUGUGCACAGGUUACAUUGCUGGGUUCGUAGACCUGGAGGUGAGCAACAGACCAGAUCUCUAUGACGUGUUUGUGAAUCUGGCAGAUAGCGAGAUCACCAUUGCUCCACUUGCAAAAGAGUCCAUGACAAUGGGAAAACUACACAAAGAAAUCGGCCAGCUAAUUGUUCAGUCUGCAGAGGAUCCAGAGAAGUCAGACAGCCAAGUUAUACAGGAUAUUGCCCUAAAAACAAAAGAAAUCUUCACCAACCUAGCACCAUUUUCUGAAGUUUCGGGUGAUGGAGGAAAACGAGUCCUCAAUUUGGAGGCGCUCAAGCAAAAAAGAUUUCCACCAGCAACAGAGAAUUUCCUUUACCACCUAGCAGCAGCCGAACAAAUGCUGAAACUCUGACUGUGAGAUAGGAUGUGCGCUGGUGACCGCUGGAAAGCUCUCCUUCCACUCUGAUUAUCCGUUGACUGUGGAAAAUACUGGAGAUAAGAGGAAAUGCUAUAUUUUCAGUGAUUUAUUUGAAAGUAUUGAGAUUUGACCUGAAAAAUACUGAAACACAUGAAAACACUUGUGAUUCUCUCCCAGCUAUUAGUUUCCUGCCUGCUGUCAGCGUCUGACAAAGUGCUGUCUGUAACUAUUCCAUGUGAGGAAUGCCUCUGCCCAGUGUCCUGGAGUGAGGGGAAGCUCUGUCCUUGGGCAAAUCACAGCUGAUGCAAAAGCCUUCAUUAUUAGUUCCCAUGUGUCUCAUCGUGUACCAUAAACUAACAGUUUGUUACCAGAAAGCUGCCUGAAAUUUUGCUUUUGUAAUUCUAGGAAGAACUUUCAUUCCUCACAGGGAACUCUUCUUUCUGAGCCAAACUGCUAAGUUUUCUGCAGAACUGUCUAAAAGAUCAUUCAAGAGACCCUGCAGUUGCACUUUCUUAUAAAAGAAAACAUUUUUUUUUCUUGGCCUUUAAACAUUUUGCCUAUAUUAUGAGGGUUUUGCAGAUUUUAUACUUUAAUAAUCCAUAUUUAUACUCCCACAGAAGUGACUGUUGGGCAGCUGAGCCAUUGGACCUCUGCACCUAACCCGGUGCUAGCACUAGUCUUCAGAGGAGAUGCCAGUCCUUAUAUGGUAGAGCAAAUAACCCAUCUUGAGUAUUAGUGUCUUAGGACUGAAACAGUGAUUUUUUUUUUUUUAAUAAUCAGUAAAGAAAUGUGAGAAUCAGCUUCUUACAGGGGCCAAAACAAGAGAAUGUCUCCAAAUGACUUCAGUAAAAAUAAUUUGGCUACAGAUCAAGGUGACCGUUCUUGUUCAGUUGUAUACCUUCAUAACUGGAGAACUUUAAAUUGCCAAAUAAGCCUAGAGGUCGAAAUUAUAUACUUGUUAUUUUGUUAUGUAUAUUCAUAUUAAUUUUGAAAGAUUAUUUUUUACUCAAAACUGUUAUCCUUGAAAUAUUACCUGGAAACAUGUUUGCAAAACAGACUA